ACUAUGUCAGCUACCAGUCAGACCUGGGCCCUUACCCUGGCGGGCGCUUCUACGCCAAACCCCACCAGUGCGUGGCCAUCCCCCCCGACCUGCGGCUGUGCCACAGCGUGGGCUACGACAAGAUGGUGCUGCCCAACCUGCUGGACCACGAGACCAUGGCCGAGGUGAAGCACCAGGCGAGCAGCUGGGUGCCACUGCUCAACAAGAAUUGCCAUAUGGGCACCCAGGUCUUCCUCUGCUCCCUGUUUGCCCCUGUCUGCCUGGACCGGCCGGUCUACCCGUGCCGCUGGCUCUGCGAGGCCGUGCGUGACUCCUGCGAGCCUGUCAUGCAGUUCUUUGGCUUCUUCUGGCCAGAGAUGCUCAAGUGUGACCAGUUUCCCCAGGAUGACGUCUGCAUUGCUAUGACAGCUCCCAAUGCCACCGAGGUCUCCAGGCCCAAAGGAACCACCGUGUGUCCCCCUUGUGACAAUGAGAUGAAGUCAGAGGCCAUCGUGGAGCACCUGUGUGCCAGCGAGUUUGCUCUGAAGAUGACCAUAAAGGAAGUGAAGAAGGAGAACGGGGACAAGAUGAUCAUUCCACGGAAGAGGAAGGCGCUGAAGCUGGGGCCCAUCCGCAAGAAGAACCUGAAGAAGCUGGUGCUGUUCCUAAAGAAUGGGGCAGACUGUCCCUGCCACCAGCUGGACAACCUCAGCCACUACUUCCUCAUCAUGGGCCGCCAGGUGAAGACCCAGUACCUGCUGACAGCCAUCUACAAGUGGGACAAGAAGAACAAAGAGUUCAAGAAGUUCAUGAAGAAGAUGAAAUCGCCCGACUGCCCCACGUUCCCGUCCGUGUUCAAGUGAUGCCCUGGCUGCAGGAGGGAGGGAGAGCCCCUCCCUGGACCUGCCCAGGUGGGCACAGCGGCUCCAUCUCGCUGCUCUGCUGCAGGGAUGCUGGAGCCCAGCCCUCCUGCUCCUCCAUCCUGCUCCUCACAGCUCCCUCAGCCCUUCCAAAGCUUGGCCUGAUGGCCUGGGCACGUGCUGCAAGCAGUGGCUGAGCUCACACACCAUUUCUGACUGCAUUGGUAAAGACCUGUUAUUGUACAGAUAUUGCAAUAGCAGCUGUCAGGUGAAGAGGGCGAGCAGAGGGCUGGGAGGUGAUGUUAAGAGCUUGCAUGCUUGCAGGAAGGACCCUCAUGGACCACAUCACUCCCAUCUUCAUGGCUGCAGGAUUGCCCUGAAUUCCUGUAGGAACCAGAGCUGGCUGAUUAGACAGAGAUCCUAUCUUCAUGAUCAAAGUUAAUAAAUGAGUAGUGGAGAACCCA